GUUCGAGCCGAUCUCGUUGAUUUAAUGAUCGCUUUCGUGUUUCUGUUUCUUUUUAACAUCUUCGAAACAGUAUGAAAAAGUGAAACAACAACACGAUUUAGAUCUUCAAAGAAUGAACAUGUUUUUGUGAAAGUUCCUAAAUAAAAUGGCCCAGUUUUCAGAAUGCAGGGAUAUGUUUUCAUUCGAUUUUGUCAAAUUCAAAUAUGUAAACAUAAUAAUAAUAUUCUGAUUAGAGUGAUUUGUUACAGUUUGUAAUUGGUAAAAAGAAAUAUUUUUAAGGAGUUUCUGAAGGUACUGAUAUCAAGAAUAUUUCUUAAAACAUGGAUAUGGAAGAAGAGGAAUGCGACUAUAGUACGCCAAUUGGUCAAAUAAUAAAGCAAAUGAAUGCUCUGUCCAAGAAACCAAAACUUGAUAAGGAACUUGGCUUGGCCUUGGACUUAUUUCAUGAUAAGAUAAGCAAACAACAAGUAUAUUUGAAAAAUGGUAUAUUCAACAUCAAUUUUGCUGAAGCUGCCCUUUUUUUACAAAGUUGUGCUGAUUUAUAUGGCAAGAAAAUUGACUUACUCUGGGAUCAGCUACUGGAGUUUCAUACAAGGCUUAUUGAGUAUGAUUGUGAACAUGAGAAAGAAAAGGGCAAGAAAAUGAACACUGAAGUCAUUCAACAGUUAGAGGAACGUAGAAACAGGUACAAGAGAAAGAAAAAGUUCAAACUUGUUCUUUCAUGUGAUGAUAACAUAGAUGGAUUCAUUUUUGAUAAACCUCUACCUUCAAUAGGUAAUACUUUUGAAUCUGAUGAUGAAGUAUAUAAAAAAUGGAAAAAAUUGGAGUGGCAGAGUGCAAAAAUAACAAGCAUUCCCAAUGCUGUAUACAAACAACAGCUCACUAUGUAUAGGAUGAAAAAUUAUUACAUCAUGAAGCAUCAAAAUUAUGAUGUAUUUGAUAUUGAAGAUGGUGAGUUCAAUAUCAAAUAUGGCCGAAUACCUGGCUGGCACUUUAUUCAGCACCUUUUUGAAUACAAUGAGAAAGGUUUAUUGCCUGACAAGAAUAAUUUGAUUGCAACUCUAAGACUGGGCUCAUACUUGAGGUUAGCUUUCAUGAGGGACAACAAAAUACCUAUGAAUGCUAAAUACCCUUUGUACAGAGAUCAAUAUCUUGCUUAUAAGAAAAAAUACUUUGAAGAAGAAGCCCAGAAAUGGCAGAAUAUGCCUUUGGACACCAUGGAAGACUUGCAUAAGCAGCUACAGUUUCUUGCUCAGAAAGAACGUGAGGCACUCAGGCAUAAUAACCCUCACAGUAACAACCCAUCUCCAGUACCAAACCAAAUAUCAAGUGGAAUUAUUCAUUGCUGUGAUGAUGGCACAGAAAAUGAUAAAAGUAGGGAUCACAAUGAUUUGGAAAAAUUAAUUGAUGAAUCAGAUCAUGACAGCUUGUUUGAAUUGAGCUUCAAUUGUGAUGAUCCCUUGAGGUCAGACUUGUGCAUCAGACUAGAAAGGUUGUCUACUGAUAUCAUCAAUAACAAGUUGAGAAAUGAUUCUGGAUGUUUUGAGAGGGUGUCUGAUAGUGGAGAUGAUUUGAGUAGUCAUGCAUAUUUUACUGGAGAUGGUAACAAUAAUGAAAUUCAGAUAGACUCCACUGAAAAUUCUGGUGCCAACAAAUCUGCAGAAAAUGGUGAAGGUGCCAUAUUGGGAAAUUGUGAAAUUUGUCCAGAAAAAAAUGAUAAUCUGGUGGAUCUGCCUGCAAGUGUUGAUAGUUUAGUGACACAACCAACAAUAAUUGAUAGUGAAAGUUCAAAGGAAAAUACAGCGCUAAAUGUUGAGCCCUGCUUGGAAAAUGCCUUGAGUGAUCAUAUUGAGAGUUCAAAGGAAAAUACAGGCAGACAUGUUGAGCCCUGCUUGGAAAAUGCUAUGAGUGAUCAUGACAAGGAAAAUGUUGAUCCUAAUUCAGCUGAUGUGGAUAAUUCUGAUACAAGAAGUGUUAUUAGUGAUCACAGCUACUGUAUGACACCACUUCCUAAUAGGAAAGUGCUGGAAGAAAAUAAUAAUGGUCUAAGAAAAAGGAAUGCUAAGAAGGAUAUAAUGUCCCCAUUUGUCAGUAGUUUGACUAUGGUUAUUCCAAGAGCAGUAAGGACCAAAAUACCUAAGGAAAAUAUUCUCAAGGAGUCUAAAGCUAAAGGACAGGAAAAUGAUCCCUCUCCAUCCAAAAGAAGGAAGAUGUCCCAAAAACAAUUGGAAAAACUAGUUGACAAAAUGGUUGUAUUACCAACUGUGAAGGAGAACAAGUUUGAGCAUUUCUUCUCCAAAAAUUAUCAACCACAAUUGGGAGAAGGAGAAAUCGAGGAAAUGGAAUACGAGUCCGAAUCAGACGCGGAGGACAACUUCGUCGCCCCCCUUCCCGUCGACCCCCUGCCGCCAUCAUCCCCCCAAACGUCGAUCCCCCCCAUCACCACCCCCCACAAGGACGACAACGUGUCCGUCUUUUCCGACCACAACUACUCCCAUCCGGCCGAAGAACACCCCCAACUGAGCAAUGACGCCGAUGCGCAGUCCGUAUUCUCCGAUCACAACUACAGUCAACUACCGGAUCCGGAACAGGAACCGGAACCGGCGGAUGAUUCCGGUUUUUGCGAUGGUACUCUCGGCCGGUCGGUAAACGAGUCGGAUGUCCUGGAUAGUGCUAUCGAAGAUAUUGGGGGUGGGGGUGAUGAGAGGAAUGUGGGGGAGGUGGCUGAAGCGGCGGGAAAUUCGACGCUUGAUCCACGCGAAGAGGAGUACCAGAGGUUGCUCAAGGCUCUGAAGGAUUCUAGAAGGACGAUGGACGAGGCGAUAGAGGCGACACCUGAGGAACUGAAAUCUGAGCAGCACCGGCUUGAGCAAGAAAGGCGAGAAUCGCGUGCUCGCGUCGACCAAUGGAAAGACACCAUCAAUCCGAUUCUUCGGAACCUCAAUGAGAACGAUUUCGACAUUCAUGAUUACGGAUCGAGCAUCAUGGAGGGGAUGGAGGUGAAUCAGUCCAAGCCGUUCGCGUCCAUAGUGGAUGGAAAGUCUUCAGCCGAAGUGGUCAGGUACUUCAUUGCAUCUCUUCAACUGGCGAACACUCACAACAUCGAGAUAUGCGGUGCCAAGAAAGGCGAACUGUCGAAUGAUUCUCUCAAUGUGAAGCUGUUGAAGCACGACAGAUAUCACGAGCACCUGACAGAGUAUCAGGCUCCUUCAGAAGAGACCUUCAGGGAUAGGUUGAAAAGAGUGAGGACUAUGAGAGAGGAGGAGGACAACGAUGUGGAUGAGCCUGAGACCAAAAAACAUCGUCUUUCUGAGAAAUCAAAAAGGUCUCGGCAAUCAAGAUCUCAUGCAAAGACGAGUAAUACAACAAUGAAUCUGCAAAAAUCGUUCGAUUCGUCUUCUCAAAGGAACGAUAGCACCAUGGACGAGCUGUUCUUGUCCAGGAUAGAACCUCAGACCAAAGAAACGGAAAGCAUACAAGUUCCAACCACACCAAAAGGUGUGAUGAAAUCGUCCGGACCGAAUCCCCUGAAAGGAAAGAGCAUCAUAAAAACCGUUGUGCCGCGCUUCAACGAACCAUUCGAGGACUACACAGCUUCUUCUACGUCCAGGCAAGUCCAUUGGCCCGAGACGUCGGACUUCUCAUGCGACUCGGAUUUCUCCGCCACCGAGGAGAGUUUCAUGGCAUGUUUGAUGAGCGAGCAGCAGCAGAAUCCCCACAUCAUUUCCACUCCGAAGGUUACCUUCGAUUGAUGGUAAAGUAGUUUUUGUUUUUUUUUUUGUUCAGGGUAUAUAGUAUAGUAGUUUUAAAGGUAUAUUUUUUAUAUAAAUCGGAAUUAUAUGUUGAAAAGUACAGCAUGUUUAUUGAGUCCUCGGCGUCUUAUACAAACACUUUUUUUGUAAUUGAAGGUAAUGAACAACUGUUCUUUAGGACCAAGUGAAACUUUGUUUACAAAACCAAUGCAUAAACGCAAAUAUUUGUGGCAGUUUUAAUAAAAUAUUAUUGUGAAUCUUUCUGCAAUCUUAUUUCAUUAAGACUUUCUCCUUUUUUAUUGUUCUACUGGUUACUACAUAAAAUCAUAACUGAUUUCCAAAUCAACAGUAAUUUUAUUGUUUAACACAGGACUAAAGUGACCCAUUUAAUCAUGCAAUAACCUUCAAAACAACCAACUCAAUGGAUUAAGUUUCUUUAGCUCCACAGUAUAUACUAUUUUUUGCACUUGGAAAAUUAUCACUGAUCUUUUACACAAAAUUUAAUUUAACAAGUAUUGGAUAUCACAGAAAUACAAUACAAUACAAUAACGUGAAUGUAUCAUGUGAUCUAGAGAUGUAAUCUAUUAAUUGUGAGCAACAAAGAGAUGUACUCAGUAGGCCUUGGUUUUUGUGAAAAUAAUGUACCAUUUUGUCCCAGUACAAGGGACUCCACACUUUUAGUAUGUAACAUAGUACGGGCCAGGGGUUUUAUCAAUAAAUACCUUGUCAAAAAUUCAGAUCUAUUUUAUGCUAUAUGAAUUCCAAGCAAGGCUAAUGAAAUUAACCUAUGACGUCAAAACAUUAUGUACUUUUACUAAACAGAAAAGUAACCUAUUUCCAACAAAAUCGAAACACAAAACAAGCAUCCUCAUAAAAAAAUAAUCAUAUUUCUCAUUCUCAAUUUGAAAAUACUCACAGAUAUCACAAAAUACAGUUACAUAUGUACUUAUAAGAUUUUUGAGUAUAUAAAAAACAUUAAACAUG